AUGAAAGAUAUUUUCAAAAACGCUUCAAUGAAUAUACGAGAAUUCCUUUCAAAUGACAAUGAUUUCAAUGAACUUAUUCCUGAAAACGACCGAGCUGAACUCUUCCUACAAAAUCUUUGGAAAAGAAAAGUAUCCUGGGAUCAGUCGCUGGAGAAUGACGACCUGGAAACAUGGGAAAUUCUUAUAAGUCAUUGGCCAACAAAAGUCAAAGAAAUUUCACGCAAAGUGAUAGAUCCUGAUCGUUUAGAACAAUUAGAAAUUCAUGUGUUUACUGAUGCAUCUACUACGACAUAUGCAGCAGUUUAUGCAAAACAAGGUAUAAACACAUUUUUGGUUUUUGCAAAAUCUCGAAUAGCUCCGGUGAAAGGUAUAACAAUACCUAAACUAGAAUUGUUAGCUAUUUUAAUUGGAGUACGAGCAACCAAAUUCGCUAUCAAACAACUAGAAAUUGAAGAG